AUGCCACCCAAGCUGAGAUAUGUCCGCAUGGACAUAGACGAUCUCGCGUGGGAGAGAAACGAUACUGAACUGGAGCAAUGGGAGCGAUCUUUAAAUAAAGCCAUUAUCUAUCGCGAAAUCGCAAACUUCAUCCUCAAGCAUCGCCCCGGUGAGGCCGUGGAGCUGCACAGACCCAUCAAGGGAGGCUAUCAUGUCUUCUAUCGAUUGGAGUAUGAGGAUGGUACCUCUGCCGUUAUCAGAAUUCCUAGUCCAGCCAACACCACUAUUCCAGUACCCAAGAUAUACCACUGGGGAACGGCAGAAGAAAGCCCAUUGGGACUUGGGCCGUUUAUGAUAAUGGAAUACAUUGAGCAUGACAAAACUUUGUCUCACGCCCUUAAUGCUCGAACACUGGGCCCGACGGACUCCCAUUCACUCGACCCCAACAUGUGGUGGAUUCCGACGGGACCUCUUGUUCGCUUCUCUCUUCACGCAGCACGAUAUCACACAAGCCCUGGCUUCAGGACAGCUCUAGACAGGGUAUUUUCGUCGGACAAUUCACCUAUCAAGACUAUUCUAUAUACCCGUCAACAGCAUUACAAGCCGAUAGCAGCAGAGUCAUGCGCUCUUGCAGGCAGUCACAGACGAGCUCUUAGCCUAGCUUGGGCUAUGGUCCGUGGAGGGAAAAUCAUCAUUCUUGACUAG